ACGCUGGGUUUUGUGGAGUGGCUCCUUGUCAAACAAACGCCUAUCGACAAUGCAAGAUAAGGUCCAUAUCAGCACUGAUGCCUCUAGGGAGAGGUGCAGGAGAAUGUCUUUGCUGUGUGGUUGUACCUGAAAAUCCUGUGAGCUUGAACUACAUGACAACACUGCAUCGACAGUUUCCCUCUAAGGACUAUGGUGCUGCUGUUGGGAGCACUUGGCAGGCCAAAGAUAUGAAGUUUUGCAAAGGACCAGUGUACGCGCUGAAGUCAGUGAGAAACCGGGCGAGCAUCUGUGUGUUGUUGGUGGUGACGUUCCUCUUGUAUCAUGACCCAUUUCUACUCCUCUGGUGGCCUCAGACACCUGCUGAGAAACCUAAGACUGGCGGUGUAAAUCUGGAUAUGGCAACAGAUUCCAUUGAUGACAUGUACGAUGGCUGCCGAUCUGAGACAGCCUCCGUGAUCGACGUGUUUGGCGUGUACGAGUGGCACGUCAACAAGAACUUCAGUUAUGCCUGGGCUGCAGUCGAACGACUCGCAAAGAAACCUGCACACAGGAGCCUGACAGAAGAGCACGCUAUAGCUCUGUACAUGUACACCAAAAUCAGAAAUAUCCAACACGAUUUCAACAAAGCAGUGAAAACGGGGAAACACAAGUACAGCACCUAUGAAUUUAAGUUCCACUAUUUCUACUUCUACCUGACGGAUGCUGUUCAAGUUCUUCGUCACAACCAGACGACAUGCAGAACCACCUAUCACAGGACACGGGAACAGUUUGACCACAGUGUCGUCGACACGAACGUGCGCUUUGGUGCUUUCACCUGGGUGGCCCUAAGCAAGCAGUCCUUUGAAUCUAAUGGAAACGUGUCAUGCUUUGAGAUUCAUUCAUGCUUUGGCGCUGAUAUAACAUAUUACUCUGCUUCAGACCAAAGGGGUCAGGUGCUGAUUCCUCCCUAUGAGGUCUUCACAGUCACUGACGUCCUGACAAAUGACCCGUGGUGCAAUGUGGUCUACAAGCUACAGAGCACCAAAAUACCAAGGAGAGAUUUAAAUUGUAAUUUGAAUCUAGGACAAAAUAGUUUUGCAACAUUUUCAACACAAAACACUCAAAUUCAAGCAGGAAGUGUUGGGAUGGUGUUGGUAUGGCUAAUGCUACUGGCCAUUAUUUCUUUUGUUCUUGUACAACGCAAGCAGAGGUGCUUUGUGGCUGCAGUGGUGGGUUCUCUGCUGGGGCUACUGAUCGUUCUGCUGGUGCUGAAAGUUAGCCAUUGAGAAGGGUGAUGUAAUGUUAACAUGUGCUUUCCCUUGGGAUGAGUCAGAAAUUAAGUUUGUGAAGCGAUGGGCAAAUACAAAUGUUACCUUUUCCAGUUUUCUGAGAUCAACCUGUGCAAAACAAUGCCAAGAAAUGUAAACUCAUAUUAUGUUGAUUAUUGAUGUACAUUUUUUGAACACAGUGAGUAUUUACAGGUUGAUAACCGGUCUCAGUAGGAGUACUUAAAAUAAUAACAACACAUUUCAAAGAAGCACAAGUUAGCUGUAUCUGUAAAUGACAUGCUUCUUUGUUUAUUUUGUGUUUUGCACUAACCCUUUACUGUACAGAUGUUAAGUUAUGAUGUCCUUUCACUGUGUAUAUCAUCAUAUUUUUUACUAUAAAUAAAUACAUUGAUCAUCAUUUCUGUUUUUUUUUUUUUUUUUUUUUUAUUUUUAUUCUUUUUUUUUUUAACCUUCAUUAUGUGUUUGGGGGCUGAAAAUAUAAAGGACAAAGACACAGUGGGCUUGU